UCCAAGAGUUUUCUCGUGACUUGAAGUCGACAACAAAAAACCCGUGAAAAAUGUGCUUCGACUUAUUAUAAACUGACUUUAGAAGUCAACAAUACAUAAUUCAGGCUUGCAUACCAUGAGAUUCAGGAAUCGUAAUUGCACCACAGUGCUGGAAUCUCGCUUAUGACCACAAGAUAGGGUGUUGGUUAUGACCAAAAAUAAUUAAAAUAUGAAACACACACAAAUAUACUUUCAAUGACUGGGCUGAAAAAUUAUUAAAGAAAAGUCGUUAUGGAUAAAUCUCCCAAGAAGAGUCCCACCAAAGGUACCCCAAAGUCUUCCCAGAAGCCACUUGUUUCACCAAAACCAAAGGAUAUUUAUAAGAAAACAUCUAAAGCAGUUCCAACUAAAGAUAAGAAAGGCACUUGUGGGAAGACUGAGUUUGUGAAUAAUUCAGAUGAUGAGAUCCUUGGUAAACGUGAAAGAAGCUUGUCAGAUGGUUCUGUGAAGAGUCUGAGUUGGGUUUGUAGUGAGCCGCCCGAGGAAAAUGCCUCCGCUCACUUACCCGCGAAAAGAACACGCAGUAACACCACUAAUAAAGAAAUGUGGGUGUUGCCGUUGACGACACCAACAGAURAAAUGCCCAAAUCACAGCAAAAAGAUGACAAAAAGAAACCAUUGUCACCCGAGCCUGUGAAGCCACCACGACCUAAAAGAGCUAAUUCCUUCAAACAUGAAGAUAAAGAUAAGUCAACMGGAGGWGCAAAAUCAAAACCYAAAAGCCCAGAACCUGUAAAGCCACCUCGCAGAAAGCUCCCACAACUGCCCAAAACAAAUCCAGAGGAACAAAAACAAGGAAMGAAAAWAGAACCAAAAGAAGAACAGCGUGACGUUGUCAGCCGACCAAUCGUCACAUCWACUCCCUUUCAAGAAAACAUGACUUUAGCUGUUGAAGGUGAAACCAGCAGUGGACGAAGAGUCUUGUCAAUUUAUGAUGACUCCACAGAUACUACAGUACAGCAAGGACAAUCUUUYUAUGACUUUCUCUAUUCUGAUGAAGGGUCCUCACAAGCAGGGGCUUUGUCAGGGUCUCAAAUAAGGGACCUGUCAGAUAACAACAUCUAUGAUGAUGUCCCACUUGAGAGUUCCACUCAAAGUCUUGACAGUGUGGGCAAAAGAACUAGUAGUAAUAGUUUUGGUAUCUAUGAUGAAGUCAUUAUUAAUAAAGAACAUUACAUGAUGCCAGUUGAUAACUCUGAGGAGCUGUCAGACUGGGGGUCCGAUUUUGACGAUGAUGACGAUGACUCUGAUGAAAUUGAUGUCGAUGAUGUUCAGUAUAACAUCAGAGUUGUUGAAGCUACCAAGAGCGAUGGAGAAGAUGGUGAUUCUUCUGGAUCAGGCAGCUAUGAGGAGUACAAGAAUUCAUCUGCUACAUUUUAUUCCGAGGAAAGGGAUGCUUCUACCCCACAAAGAAGAACAGCGGUCAAGUUUCGUAGUGACAGCAGYGCAAGCGGAAGGAAACCAAAUCUUCAUGUACAUAUACCAGGCUUGAAAGGGAUCAAGGGAUGUUUUGGGAUGAACAAAGCGCCAAGUUUGCCAUAUUUGGCUAACCGCAAAAAGACUGUUGAACAAGAACAAGAAGAAGAGCCGGAGUAUGUCGACCCUAACAUUGCUGACAGAGAGAACUACCAGCAACCUGUCAUGCCAGACAUGGCUCAAGGACUGACCAAAGUGCAAGUGAAACGACAUCAGAUUGUCAAGUUUAUUUUGGAGAGUGAGGCAGAUUACAUGAAACUUUUAGAUAAACUUAUCAAGAAAUAUGAAUUACCWAUCAGAGAAAGAGAUCUUCUAGAGCCAAGCAAAAUUGAUGCAAUUUUCCAAGGAAUACAUAAAGUGUUAGACUGCCAYGUCAUGUUCAAUAUUGCUCUCUCUGCGCGUAUGGAUGAGUGGAGCACAGAGGAGAAGAUUGGAGACAUUUUGUAUGCCUUGUUUUGUAAGUCAAUGGUUCUUGAGGCAUACAGCAGUUACGUCAAUAACUUUGCUAAGGCAAUGGACACCAUAAGAUCAGCUUGUAAAACUCACCUUGGUUUUGCUCAGCUUUUAAAGGCAAGAAGACAAUCUURCAGAGAGCGCACAACGUUGCACAGCUUGAUGCUCAAACCAACCARAAGGUUUCCACAGUUUAUUGACUUAGUACAGCACCCAGACAGGAUACCAUUACAAAUGGCAUUAACACAGCUGGAGUAUCUCGCCGAUAACCUGAAUGAAAGAAAACGCGAAGCAGAACUUAAACAGAAAGUCAAGCAGCUUGACGCUAGCACUGCUCAUGUCAACAAGCCAUUGUCAGCAGGAAACCGYUACUUUAUAAGACAGGACGACUUUGUACAAUGYGUGAUCCAAGAAGAUACUAUCGUCCGCACCAAAAGACAGCGCAUUAUAAUGCUAUCUGACAUGUUGUUAUGUGUUUCUGCUAUUAAAGGGAAAAAGGACCGAAUGACAAACUUCAUUACCGAUGUCAAAGCCAAGUACAAGCUCAAGUGGAAUGUACCUUUGUCUGAUGUUGAAGUGAUAGAAUAUGGACCAGGUAUAAACCUACCCUAUGCACUACCCCAAGGUGCCAAUAAAACAACAUCAAGACCAGGUCAACACACAGGCUGCCAAGAGCAUUUUGCUGAUUUACAACAUGACUUGGCUGUGAUYGGACAAAUUGCUGGACUGGUAGCAACACUAAGACGGUCCUAUCAGAUWGUUGAUAACGACAAAGUCCAGAAAUGGCACAAAGCAGUACAGAGAACGAUCGAGGAAGAGUCACGUCUAGCGAAUAUGUACUGGCUGGAGUUAUCUCUACCUGCAAAGAGUGGUCGGGUAAACUACAUAUUUAGCACAGAUUCGCCUUCAGUSAAAGCGGAGUGGUUGACAGCCUUAAGCACAGCUGUUCUUCGCCUCGCUCCGGAGAACAAUCCCGGAUGGUACCUCCCAGAGGAUAAUGGGACAGGAGAGGUGUCMAUUCAACGUCGUAACAUGCCGCUGUUGAAAGAUAACCUCGAUUUAUUCCUUUUGAACCCAAARGCCAGGGUCCAGGACAUUGUAACAUGCCCGGACGUUACAAACCCUCUACCGGGUAUCCACGAUAACUACAACAAUCUAUGGCUAUUAUGCGGAGGACCGGAUAGUACGGGAUUUGUUAGUGUCAUCCGGGUGUCYUGYUCAUCCCCGCCUCAGAUCGUAGAGUCAUUUCACGUCUGUGAUUCUCAAAUCUUGUGUGGUGARUUUGUYAUGAGGACGUGCCUGGAAGACAARAAGGUUACUGGACCACUAAGUGGCAAGUUUGGAUUUCCUUUUCCAACUGUCUGGCUUGGAACACAGUCAGGAAAGAUCUAUAUCUACAAUGGUGCAGACUCGGAGAGACGUUACGUAAUGUCAGUCAAGCUCCCAGACUCCGUUCUCGACCUCAAGGCUGUUAAGAGAAAGGUUUUUGCUAGCUUGGGAGAUGGAAGUUUGGUGGUAUUUAAACCCAAUAAAGAGGGGAUCUGGGACUUYAGUAAACCCAAAGCGAUUGGUCUCAGUAAACUGGCUGUUGUGUGCUUGGCUGUUGUAUCGGGUACCCUGUGGUGUGGUAGUGGCAAUAACAUACACAUCUUUGACUACAAGAAAGAAAUUGUYAAGCACGUGAUCGAGGUGGAUCCUAACCCGAAGACAACUGUCCGGCAUCUUGUUUGCUACGGGAUUGGUGUAUGGGUGUCACUAUGGAAACAACCUACGAUAAAACUKUACCACAGUGAGACAAGGGAGCACGUACAGGACAUGAAUAUAGCAUAUACGGUUAAUACUAUGCAGCACGACAUUGAUUCUCAGUUUGAGAAGACAAARCUUAACAAGCUCUACGUAUCGUGUAUGGAUGCCGAGGAAGGACUAUUAUGGGUUGGCACAAGCGUUGGACUCGUACUCAUAUUCCCGCUCCCGCGUCUCGAGGGAAUCCCGCUCGUUUCGGGACGUGCUUGCGUCUCAUUCCACGCGUACCAAGGGCGCGUGCGCAGUCUAUGUCCUCUUAAAAAUAACCCGGAUGCGGAAGUGACGAUAGGUCCACCGUCRACCAAUAAAAAGAGGUAUCAGCUGUUCAGAGAGCAUGUGACGCGGGAUGCCUGUGURCAGACAGAUGCACAAAUUUGUAGGACGAAUUAUGCGGCAAAUGGACCUGAGUCAGCGAGCAAAGCCUCCACUACUCGUAACGGCAAGAUGGAACAAGACGAAGAAGACGAGAUCCACUCUGACGAUGAAUUUAGUUUUGUCGACGAAAGACCAGAUUAUAUACCGACUGGUAAGGYCASCAGUAACCUUGGUGAYGUGUCAAUYCGUUUAACUACUGGCCAGGGGGGUGCAGGUGAGAGUAUCAAUAACACAACAAAUAAGUUUGCAAAUAAAGUUCCAGAUUUAGGAGAUACGGAUUUCGUCCAAAUGAUGGAAAGCUUUCAAGGCUUUGGAAGCUCACCGAGCAUUGCAGUACCAGACCCCCCUGAUGUCUCGGCGGUUUUGAAAGAUAAGGAAACWGAGGACAAAAAACUAAGCAAAGAGGACAUCAACAGCAAUGAAAAAAUACCAGGAGAUGAAAUACCUGCCGGUGAAUUAGAACGGUCAUUCCGUGCGAUUAAUAGCGAUAUUCCAACGGAAAGCGAGGGGGGUCAUAACGAUGAAUCCAGGGGGAGGCUAGCUUCACAAGGUACAUAUGUUAAGCUGGAAGACGCUCUUGAAGAAGCCAGGAUGAUAAGCGAAGCUAUCGAUGCCGCAAGCACAGAUGACGUCAUGCUGGAAGUGACGUCAUCUACUGACAAUAACCAAGCCGGAAAUGACGUAUACUCUCCUCCGAGUUACGUUCAAGUUCUUGGCUCUCCGAGUCCAAARGUCUUCUCCGAUUCCGAUAAUGAUAACAAUGAUGAAAGUUUCUCGGUUUUUUCAACUUCCGUUACCGGUGGGGYUCAGUCUCCGGACGGCGUUGAAAGUAAGAAAGUUGGUAACUUGAAGUCGAGGCUACCAUUCCCAGUCCUUCUCGUYACUGCGGGCGAAGGACACGCCGACUUGAGAAGGAAAAAACCUGACUUAAAAAAUACUGACCCGCGAAUAAUGAUAUGGCAGAUUAAUUGAUAUGUCGUGAAAACCAAGAAAAAUUACAGACUAAAUGCAUCAAGAAAAAAAUAUAAUGAUAGAAACCACCUUAACGACAAUCCAAAAUGGCGAGACUUCACCUGAAAUGAUGUAGAAAAGCAAGAAGCUGAAUGUUUGGGUAGAACAAAGCGAUAAAACUAAGAUAAACGUACUUAAUAGACACAAAAUGGUGCCACAUGAAAAACAACUUAAAGCAAAAACAUGAACCCUACGCUACAAUGUAAAAUGGCUGCAAAGUUACCAAAGUGCUAAUGGCUGUCCUUUUAUUUUGUAAACACUUAGCUCAAGCAAAUGAACAAUUCUAAUUUAUACAGAAUUGGUCUCAUAAGAAGUAUUAUUGGUUGUACUGAAUCUUUUACUUCGUUAUUUGCAAUGACUUCUGUAAGGUAUCCUGGAUGUCUUAGUUUUGACCCGCAUGUUGUCAUGAUCAAGAAAAACACAGGAAGACCAAGUGAAAACUUCUGUCAAAUUUACAGGGUGAACUUUUGCUAGGUUGUUUGCGCUCAGUUAAACUGAAACGUCGGACUUCUUUUUUGUAGACUUUUUGGGCAUACGCGUGAGAAAUUCGCCGUCAAAAUCGUUUGGCGUUAGUCAAGAAGGUUAGAAACUAAGAAUUCUAUGCGACUAGAUAGAUUUUUAACAUUUUCAUUGAGUUUUGUAAUAAAUUUAUCAAAAUAGAAGAUUAUUUUAAUAACAAAUUUAAAAAAGUUAAGAAAUAUGUAAAUUGUUUAGUUAUAGUUAGUUAUAAUUAUUCCUGCAAUAAUGACGUCAUAAACCUUUGCCGAAAWGCAUCAUGGUAUUGAUCAAAGUCCCAAGAUGGCGGAUUUCAUAUGAAAACAAUGGAGAACAAAAUCUCGUUGUGAACUUAAUUCAUAGUUAUCUAUUAUCGAAAAUGCUUUAAAAGAGCAUUGAUAUAUAAGGUGAUUACAUACUAGAGUAUGCUCCAGGCCUGUCUGAGAAUUAAGUCCUAUUUUGCUAAAUAUCAUAGAAAUCUGAAACUCGACGACCUUCUCUUUAUAUUUUCAAAGUUCCCAUAGUGCAUUUCGGUGAACAUAGCAUGACGUCAUAGGGAUGAGGACAAUCGUCUAUAGUGAAGUCAGAGGAGACCAUGAUAGGGAUAUACUAUACCGCGACAUUAAAAAUGUUGGAUAAAAAGUGAUGUGCAGGGGAAGAAGGCCACAAAACAUGUAUUUGUUUGUUUUAUUGAUAUUUUAAAUUCAAAUGAAACCUGGUUGGUUGAUUUUAAUGUAAUUUUUAAUAAGAAAAUAGACGAGAAAUCUCGUUUCUGCAGAAUGAAUACACAACUUGUUACUUGUA